AUGCCGCGCGUCCAGGGGAGGGCGCCGCUGCAGCUGCCGCCGCCGCCGCCAUGUGAUUCUCGUCAGCUGAGAAGCCGGUGUGGAAGGAGGUGGGUAAGCGGGGUUGCGGCAGACAAGGAGGCUGCAGGGCCGCUCCUGGCGAGCCUUCCUCGCCCCUACCCCGGGUUGAAGGCGUCCUCCCUUGCAAGCAGAAAGCUAGCUUGCCAGGGAAGCGAAGGGGCCGCCGCUGCGGUAGCGGCAAGCGCACCUAUGGAGGUGGCCGCGGGGGGCGGGAUCCCCUGCAUCAUCCACUUUGGAGUAGAAGCUCUGGCUCCCGGGCCCGCUGGAGUGAGCCGGCCAACCACGAUUUGA